AUGGCAGCUUUGUUAAUUACUGGUGCUACCGGAAAACAAGGAGGCUCUCUUAUCAGAAGCCUCAUCUCCCGGAAUGCUUCUUUCGAAGUGUUAGCUGUCACACGCGAUCCUACUUCGGCAUCUGCACAAAAGCUUCAGAGCCUAUCUUCCAACAUCAAGUUAAUCCAGGGAGAUCUGGAUACUCCAACCGAGAUUUUUCGGAAUGCGCAGAAGUCAACCUCCACCCCAAUCUGGGGAGUGUACAGCGUGCAGGCAGCCAUAGGCAAUUCCUCAGAAGAGAUCCAAGGAAAAGCCCUUAUCGAUGAAGCAAUCAAGCAAAAAGUCAAGUUCUUUGUGUAUAGCUCCGUCGAUCGCGGUGGUAAAGAACGCUCAUAUACCAACCCAACCAAGAUUCCUCACUUUAUCAAAAAGCACAACAUUGAGCACUACCUUGUAGAUAAAACACAGAAUAUCGAGAUGCAAUGGUCAAUCUUGAGACCGGUGGCAUUCUACGAGAACCUGACUCCCGAUUUCUUCGGCAAGGUUUUUGCGACAUGUUUUAAGAUGGCGUUGAAGGGCAGAUCUCUGCAGCUAGUCGCUACCAGUGACAUUGGUUACUUCGGGGCUGAUGCUUUUAUGAAUCCUGGAAGCUACCAGGGCAAGGCGGUUUCCUUAGCUGGUGAUGAACUUACAUACGAGCAGAUGGAGCGAGCUUUCACCAGUCGUAUAAGAAAACCUUUACCGACCACCUUCCAACCGAUCUGCUCUUUUUUCAUGGCUACUAUGAAGGACAUGGGCUACAUGUUCAAGUGGUUUCACGACGAAGGCUACGGGGCUGAUAUAAAGAGAUUGCGUGAAGUCAACCCUGACAUGCGAACAUUCGAUGCCUGGCUCGAGAAAGAAAGUGGAUUCUCAAAGUCAUGA